AUGUUACUAACACUGUAACCACACUUCCCACAAUUAAAGUUCAAUUGAAACGGAGAUUGCAAUAUAAAAGUUCAGCACUUUCAUUAAACAUAAGACCUAACAAAGUCAUGCAAGCAGGUGCUUGGUUAGUCAAUACUAGCACUUUAUACCAAGAGCAAGGAAUUACCCUUGAUGAAAACUGGAUGACAAGUGUUCAAUCAGAAAUGGCUACUGAUAUUCACAGCAAUAGAAACACAAAUGGUUCAGAUGAUCAAACUGAUCCAGACGAUGAUUGGAGUGAGGAUGAAGCAGAAAUACCUGCUGGUGUAACCGACAGCAUGCUUACAUCCCCAGAUUUUGUCGAUGACAGUGAAAGACAUGAAAUAUACAACUUUGCUCCCGCAGGAGGUAACAGACCACUGAGUAUAUUUAGAGAUCAAUAUUACCGAAAUCAGUAG